GUUUCUCAUCGACAUCUUUUUGUAUUUCUAAAAGGCGACCCUCCAAGAUCCAGUCCUUUUUUUUCCUUUUUUGAUCGUCGGUUCUCGGUUUUUUUGAUCACACUAGAGUUUUGACAACCACAUUUGCUGGACAGCUUUGCGAAAAAAAAAACCAUGCUUCCCUUGGGCCUCCUCACGGCGGCGCAGGGUCAUCCGAUGCUCGUCGAGCUCAAGAACGGCGAGACCCUGAACGGUCACCUGGUGAAUUGCGACACGUGGAUGAACUUGACCCUCAAGGAGGUCGUCCAGACCAGCCCCGAGGGUGACAGGUUUUGGAGGCUACCGGAGGUCUACAUCAGAGGCAACAACAUCAAAUAUCUACGGGUCCCCGAAGAAAUCGUCGAUCUCGCCCGGGAACAGCAGCAGCAGCAACAACAACAACAUCGCCACCACGCCGGUUACGAUGGUCAACGAGGUGGUCGCGGUGGCCCCCACCAUCGUGGCGGCGACCAAGGGGGCCGAGGAGAUCGAGGAGACCGAGGAGAUCGAGGACGUGGUCGCGGUCGAGGUGGAGGAGGGCCUCGCGGUAGAGGAAGGGGUCAGAGUUGAGCCACCGAACAUGAUUGCUACGAGUAAUCAAAGAAGUCAUAUUGUCAUUACCACCCCAAAGCCACGUUCAACUUUUUGGCGCCUCCACCACAGCACAUGCCAUCGUCGCCGAGCACGACGAGAAACUACCUAACGUACGCGCAACAUGUGCGACCAUCAACCACUUUCGCGCCCGUUGAUAACACCACCAGCACGCCAAUCCCGAGUCGUGCUCUGGUCGGCCCACCAGCAUCAAUUUCAUCAUCUAGCUAGUCAAAGAACUUUCACAAUUCCCAUGGUGAUGGCAAGUCUGCUACCGUCGGGAGCCCAGGACUCCACCGCAAUGCUAGCUCAUGAGAUCAAGUUUGGAGUACACGGAUAUUGUCCGAUCGAAUGUUAUAAAGAAAAUUAAUAAAGCCACUCUUGUGCGCAGUCGUCGAGGCAGCACUUUAUCUUUUGGACAGUUGAGUUGUGAGACAUUUGAGCACCUAUCUGCAGCGUGAGCAUGGCCAGGCGCGUAGUAGGAAUGGGGUUGUGUACUGACCUCUUCGGGAACAAUGCCUUGAUUGUACAAGUAUUUGCCCAACCCCUUGACGACUUCGACUUGUUCUUCGGGGGUCAGGCCGACAAUGGCGGAUUCGAUGACGCUACCAACGCUGGUCUUGUAAACAGCAAUAAAACUCUGGUA